UCAACAUAAAACACCCACAGAAGAAAAAACACACACAUACAUCCUCAUUCCUCCAUAUAAAUAUAUAUAUAUAUAUACACCAUGCCCACAUACAGGAGCAUGAGGUCCACCCACAUCGCCGCCAACGUGACCACCGUGGAGUGCCACAAACAAGUCCGAACGUGGCGGCUCCUCCGCACCAUCAUGGAGCUCCUAAUUCCUACGUGUAAUUGCAACUUCAUCCAAGAAGAAAACCACCAAAGCACAACAACAAACCACGCUAAAGCACCAACUAGCUUAUCAACCUCUUCCUCUUCAUCUUUUCUUACAGGAACAAUUUUUGGGUACAAAAAAGGUAAAGUGAAGUUUUGCAUCCAAUCAAACUCAAACUCAAACUCCGCUACACCAAUUCUCCUCUUAGAAUUAGCAGUUCCUACAACCAUCCUAGCACGCGAAAUGCGAGGCGGGUUGUUGAGGAUUGCAUUGGAGUGUUCAUCUUCCAGUUCUGCUUCUAACUAUGAUUCAUUAUCCCUCCUCGAGAUGCCGGUUUGGAAGAUGUACUGCAAUGGCCGAAGGGUGGGUUAUGCCGUAAGAAGAAAGCCGUCUAAGACAGAUAUGGAGGUAUUCAAGAAGAUCAAGAAUGUUGUGGUAGGUGCUGGUGUUGUUAAUGGAAAAGAGAUUGGGUGUGAAGAAGAUGAUAUUAUGUAUUUAAGGGGUAAUUUUGAGAACGUCCGUGGAUCGUCUGAUGCUGAAUCAUUUCACUUGAUUCAUCCUGAUGGUAAUAUUAAUCAAGAUCUUAGCAUCUUUUUCCUUCGAUCUCGAUGAUUUUCGGCCUUCAUAUUAAUCAUUUAAAGCAUCCUUUGGAAAUUCAGUACUUCAUGCUGUAAUUUGCAUGAGUUUUUUUUUUUUUACUGGGUUGAAGAAGGAUGUAUUUUGUUAAAUAUUGUUUUGGGUUGUCAACUUUUCAUUUUCUCUCAUUAGUUGGUGUUCUCACGAUUUUCUCUUAGUUUUUUUUGCUGCUAAAGCGAUUGUAAUGCGCUUUCUGUAGUUAUUUUGGAGAAAAUCUGUGUACUUAAUUAAAGAGGGUUGUAUUGUUGGCCUUUCAUAUGUAUGGCUUGCAUAUUGAUUAACAUGUACAUGAUUGUUUGAUGAGAUGUAAUGAAAAUACCAUUUCGAAU